UCAGGUAUCGUUGCUCGCUUGGCCGUCGCGUCGUCGUUACACAGAAACUGUUGUAGGAUCUCAUAAAAAAAUACCAAGAAAUUGGAGUUAUAAAGUGAGAAGUCAAAGCAUAAAAUACUGGAUAAUUUACAGAGGAAGACGUACCGAAGAGUUUCGGUGAAUGACGAUAAAGGUAUCCAGAGUCAUUGGCAGAUAAACAUUCUCUGAGGAAAAGAAACAGGAGAGGAGUUGUUAUUGUUAACACGGAGAAUAUAAGGGACCCCUAUCUGAGCCAUCUCUGCAUUUAGGAAUUUAUAUAGUGGAUACCUAGCAUAGCUGAGCCUGUAAAAGAUGAGUGUCUGAUAAUUGACAAGGAAGUUUUAACGUUCAACCAUGGCAUGUAAUCAUCUGCCAUUCUCUGCAAAGAACAACACUCAAUAGUUUUAGUGCCUUGAAUGAGGAGAAGGAUAAACAGACUCUAGUGAACUCACAGUUUGUUGUCCAUUUCUAGCAAAAUGCCUUUUGGUCUUCGACUGAAGAAAACUCGGAGGUAUAAUGUGUCUGGAAAGAAUUCAUUUGUUGCCAGGAUACAGUUACUAGACAGUGCUGUUUUGGAAAUAACCUUAACACCAGAAAGUUUGGGACAGGAUUGUCUGGACACCAUUGCUCAGAAACUGCAACUGGAAGAGAAUAUCUACUUUGGCCUCCAGUACAGCAACAAGAAUUACAAGCUACGAUGGGUGGACCUCGAGAAACCGCUAAAGAAACAAUUGGACAAGAAUGCCCAUGACUCUAUGCUCCGUCUAGGUGUCAUGCUCUAUACAACCAACAUACAAACGCUCCGGCAUGAAAUGACAAGAUAUAUGUACUUUUUGCAGUUGAAGAGUGAUUUCAUAGAGGGUAUUUUACCAUGCAAUGAGGAACAAGCAGUGACUCUAGCCAGCUUUGCAUUACAAGCUGAGAUUGGGAAUUCUGACCCUGCCAAGCACACUGUGGAAUUCUACCAGAAUGAGUAUGUUCUGCUGCCUAAGAACAUGACCACAGAAAACGUGAGUUUGUCGGAGUUGCUUCUCAAGGUUAUGAAUGCACAUCAGGCCAAGGUUGGCAUGUCAACAUGUCAGAGUGAACUUGGGUACAUUGAACAGGCUGCUAAACUACAAGGUUAUGGACAAGAGAGCUUCCCAGCUAAAGAUGAUUCCGGAAAUGAAUUGUUCAUCAGUGCAUCCUUCUCAGGCCUGAGUGUAAAACAUCUGAAUAGACAAGAAACCGUUCAUUUUGAGUGGCAUGAGGUUGUCAGCAUGGGCCACAAUCGGCGUGCCUUUGGAGUGGGGACAUCCCGCUCUCACGAUGUCCUGCAAUUCCAGAUGGAAGACGCUGAGACGGCCAAGUAUGUGUGCAGGAUAUGCAGACUCCAGCAGCAGUUCCACAAGUAUACUGUUGAAACAGUCAAGCUUGGUAGCAGAGAGGUUCUCGUCGAUGGCUUUCCGGCAGACAAGCUAAUCACUGUGGUAGACCCAGAAAGAAGGCUGUCAAUGGAUGGACAGCAGAUGUCUGGCAAGAUGAGGAAUAGAGAUAGUCUCAUAUUAGGAGAAGGAGCUUCAUCUGAAGAGAACCUUCCUCAUCACAUGAUGGCAGAUGGCCAGCUUGGUAACCAGCAGUUCAUCAUCGGCCAAACAGGGAAUACCAACUUCACCACAUCUCAAUUGAGUCUUGACAACCAGCAUGCCUAUGACAUGGGUCCUUUCACUACCUCCCAGCUCAGUCUGGACAGACCUCCCACCGACUACAGCUACUCCAAUGGCAACCUGGUCAUGCUGGAUCAGAACGGCAGUGUGUACAGUGCCCCCAGUGUGAACUCGCUCAAUUACGGACUGCACAACCAGGUGUCACCAAACUCUUCCAACCCCAGCCUAACAAACAAUGAGAAAGUGCGUGCCCAUCUGCAAGCAUCGUUGCCAGCAUAUAGGCAGAGUCCUGACUAUGAGGCAUUUAUCCAGGCCAGGCUGCAGCAGAGGUUGUUAACUGUGAGUGAGCAGAGCCAGAGUGUGGGCAAUCUGGGGAAGCAGAAUGGGUAUGGACAUAUGGAAAGUGUGCUCUAUCCUCAGCCAGAACUGAGGCAACAUAAUCAUAACAAUCACUACAGGCAGCAGUUCAGACUCAGCUAUGGAGGCACGCCUAACAAUUACUACACCGGCAACAACAUGGACUACUCUCUGGAAUCACUGCAGCAUGGCCUGUUGAUAAAGACUCCCCAUGGGAACAUUGUACAUACCAUUAGUGUGCCUGAGUUGACGUCAGAGCACAUUCAAACCACAGAGGAGUAUAUCACGGCAAAACUGUUGAAAAACAAGUACAAACCACCACCGCCUUAUCCAAGAGGAAGUGCUAGUACCCCUAACCUUGCCAGGCAGAGUAAUAAUUAUUUAGUGAGCAGUAGUAGCCCUGAUCUGGUGAGUAGGAGGUUACAAGCCAUUGAAGCUAUGCAUGAGGUGAAUCUCCAUGGAAGCGGGAAUGUCAAUAUUGAUGCAGACUUGUCCCAGUCAUUACCCAUAGAAGCAUUCCAACAGAUGAGGAUACAGGACUAUCACGCGCAGGUCGGCAUGUACAGCAGACAUGUUUCGCAAGGUUAUCAACAGCAGUACAGUCCUCAGCAACGGGAGUUCAAACCAGCAUUGACUCUAAAUCUCACGGACAAAGCCCAACCGUCUGAUCUGUCUAUGAUAGCUGUACCCACAGGGUACGAGGACAAUCUGCCUACCCCACCAGACAAGUCGAGGAUCAUGAGUCCAUUCCAGGAAUAUGCAGGGCCUUUGGUCAGCCCACCAAGUGAAUUUGCAGAUCACAGUGACAUUGACUCUAACAUGUCUCCAGGUAGUGUUGGGAGUCCUACGCGCCACUUCCAUCUACCUCCUCAUGGCAUGGGAGACAUCUACAACUCGCAACCAUCGCUUCCAGAGAACCACUUGACCUAUGUGACGGGUGGCUUUGGACAGAUGAACGGUACUGGUCAGCUUGGCUCACCCACAAGGGUAUACUCAAUGCCUCAGCUCCACCCAGAGAUGAGGGAAGUCAACCCCAGUCACUACGCCAUGCUUCAUGUCGAUCAGGCCAACUAUGUCAAUACUGUACAGGGCUUCCAUGGGCAACAGCAGCAGCAGCAUCACACAUCAGAAAUAGAAACAAUACUGGCAGAGAGGAAAACUAAUCAGUCACAAGGCUUUGCCACCUCUAUGCAUGCUAACCCCAAGGACAAUAUCACUCAGGAAACUCCUCUGAACGAUCACACAACUCAGUCAUCCUCCCCCACUCCAGCUCUUCCACAGUCAACAGAUGACGUCCACAGCCACAAGCCUAAGCAACCUGAACUAAAAGCCAGUUCUGUAUCCUCCAAACCAUCCACCAAUCCUCCAAGUACUACACAGCAACCUUCCACAUCUAAAGCCUCAUCCACUCCACCAGCCACUAGCAGCAGCAAUCACAAACAAACCGUAGCAUCAAAGUCACCCACACUGCCAUUGUCUCCUGAUUCCGAAGGGAGCGAAGUGCUGGAGGAUCUAGGGACUGAUAAUGGAGGAUACAUUGGUCCUCUCAAGUUGGCUGCCAUGAGUGGGUUAACACUUCUCAGACCAAGGGACAUGCCUGCUCAACCAGAGGAAGAAACCAAACAUCCCAGAGAUGCAAGGCGAAAGAUCCUUGAGAAGCAACUGAGAGAAGGUCAGGUGUUCACAGAGUAUGAGCAGAUUACGAAGAAGAGAGAAGGAGCAGUGUGCUAUACAUCUAAACUACCAGAGAAUGUCAGCAGAAACAGAUUCAAAGAUGUUCUACCGUAUGAGGACUGUAGAGUAGAGCUGUCAUCAUCCCAUCAUAACAGCGGAGGCUACAUCAACGCCUCGCGAGUCAAGGUACCCGUCGCUGGUGAGCUGCUGCACUACAUCGCUGCUCAGGGCCCUAUGGAGAACACUGUACAGGACUGGUGGAGGAUGGUUUGGGAGAGUGGAACACAGGUCAUUGCUAUGCUCACUAAACUCAAGGAGGAUGGCAAAGAGAAGUGCUUCAAAUACUGGCCUGAUUGUACUUCACCCAAGAAGAAUACAGCAGAAUUUGGACCAUUCCGUGUGAUAGCACAGUUCAGCAACGACUCCGGAUGUUACAUCACCAGUGGACUGACAUUACGGCACGUCCCAUCAGGUGAACAGAGGACUGUGUGGCAUCUACAGUACAAUGAUUGGCCCAACCAAGGAUGCCCCGAUGAUGUACAUGGAUUCCUAUCUUUCCUGGAGGAGUUUCAGUCAGUGUGUCGCCAUGCUAACAGCAUGAAUGAGGUAGAAGUGGGUCCUCCUCCCAUCGUACACUGCAGCGCUGGGGUAGGGCGGACUGGAGUCUUACUGCUGGUUGAUAUCAUGAUUAGCAGUCUGGAGCACAAUGAGGAAAUCAACAUUCCCAAGAUGAUGGGUAUCUUACGUCAGCAGCGAAUGCUGAUGGUUCAGACGGUGGGACAGUACACAUUUGUUUACAAGGCUCUCAUCCAGUCUCUCAAGAACACUCGGCUCAUCUGAAGCUCUACCACAACAUCUCUUCACCCUGUCCUCUCUUGCUUCUCAUUCGACUCUCUGUAUACAUUCUUAAGGGAUGGUCAGACCUUGCUCAUAAGGAUGAAUCACUCCUUUGUAUGUAAUCAAUUGUCAGUCAGAACGACACCAAAAUAAAAGACACCCAAAAUUGGGGCCCCCAUCAUCAAGUUCUGACCAAGCCCUUUCGCUGUUCUCUUGCUCAUGUAUCUCAGUUUUCUCUGCAUGGUCACACAUUCCACGACUUACUUAAUUUUGUAUUGAACUUCACCGUCUAUCAUGCUGUAAACUUAACAUAUUGGCUGAAGUGCUUGUUCGGAUAUUUCAUGUGCUAAAUUUGUGAGGUUCUUUUUCAGAGGAAUGAAAGAAGCUCAACUCUGCUGGACAGAUUAUACAGUUUUAUCAAAUUAUGUAUAGUAUUCUGAAGUAAACAAUUUGUAUUCGUUCAUGUAUCAUUUGCUUCUUUUAACUUUGUAUUCAAACAAAAUGUUCAGUGUUGUCAUGUAUCAAGUUUGUAUUUUCAUAAAAGGGAUGCAUUGAUUUCAAUUGCAAUUCUAUAAAAUAUUGCUGCCAUUUUUUAAUACUAACUAAGAUGGCAUCAUGAAUUCAAGUGCCUCAUAGUAGGAAACCAGCCUGUAGGUCCCGUGACCAAUCUCUGGGAACAAAGGUU